AUGAAAUUUGGCUUGAUUGAUGUAGCCAUAUCAUUUCAGAUGCUUGGGCUUUUCUGUACCGUUUUGGCUGUGAUGUUGUGCUUCGCUGAGGACAGAAACGUGACCUGCAGGAAAAAACCGCCAAGCAGAUGCUUCCUCGGCAAAUGCCCAGCUGGGUACACGUGUCUUCCGAGUGGUGAUUGCUGUGAAAACCGUCAAGUAGUACUCCCACCUACUGAAUGCAAAGACUUUAUGGAGCAUUGCGACAGUCUUCAGUGCGACCAUGUUGAUUUCAUCGAAUUCGCUCGUGCCAACUGCGCCAAAACCUGCAACUACUGCUUCGAAAACGCGCACAUUGUCACCAGAAUAAAAAAGAAAAUGAAAAGAGCAGUAUUGCAGGACCUUUCUUCCAAGCUAACACCAAAGCAUGUAGUACGACAAAGAGCUGUUACUAGAUCCUUCUAUGAAUUCUCGUGCACGGAUCUGCUCGAAGACUGCAAUAAACGCAUGGAUCUUUGUCGUGAUAGGGAUUUCAUCGACUUGAUGGCUGUAUUUUGCCCACGGUCGUGCAUGCUCUGCACGCAUCCAACAUCACCUGGAGAAUGUCAGGAGCUUGUUGUGAGUGAGUUGACCUGUGCAUCACGCGAAGGUUUCUGCACUACCACAAAGAUGUCAGAAUACCAAAAAGCGAUGGGCUGCGGUAAGACUUGUGGAAAGUGUUGA